AUGCCGUGGCCAUGGCCCUUCUCGUCGGCGCCGUCGCCAAGUGUGCCUACGCAAGAGGCAGCAGAACCGAAACGCGACUUUGGUCUGACCGAUGAGCAACGAGGUCGCAUAUUUGGCCAACUCGCUCCGAAGAAGGAACCUGACAGUGUCGACCCACGGGAAAAGCAAGCUGCCGAUGAACUAGAUGCCUUCCUACAGUCAUUCGAAGCUCCUAAGACAGGCGCUGGAGCGACGAGACCAUCAGACAAUCCAGUAGCAGAAACACCAUCGGAACCAAAGCUCACUCCCUACUUCCGACACCACCCAGACGGCACUUUAAACAUCGACCCUGUCGCCCUCUAUCCAGCCACGAUGUCCUGCCAACAAGCCUUCGAUCAAGCUUUCUACUGUCAAUCUCUCGGCGGCAAAUUCAACGACAUCUACCGUUUCGGCCACGUCAAGGACUGUGGUGAGCAAUGGGGUGCUUUUUGGUUCUGUAUGCGGACACGCACGUAUCCGGCAGAGGAGAAGGAGAGGGCGGUGCGGGAGUACUACCGUUUGAGGGAUGAGAAGAGGAAGGGUGAAGGGAGGGGAAGCAGUGAGGAUGUUUGGGAAAUUAGGACGGAGGCUGUUAAGAGGGCAUUCUGGAAAGAUCCUGAUGCUGAGGAAGAGGGCGAGGGGAUGCCAGUCAAGGAGUGA